AAUUGCCAAACCCUGUCCAAACUUUACAACUUGCUGAAUACGCACAAAUACGGAGAGGCCCACACCCCACCACCACCAAGACCAAAAGAGUUGAAUUUCCUUCAAAGGAAACUUCUCUAGCCACUACUCCAAGAGAUCAUCGCAUGCCCAACUAAUGCCUGACCAGACUUAGAAAUAGCUUUGCUGAUUAACAUCCUAGUCAUCUUUCUUCCCAAAAUGAAACUCGGAGCCAUAGCAAAGCCAAAGAUCAGUUUGCCUCCCUUCCUCCUCCUCCUCUCCCUCCUGUUCCCUCUUUCCUUGGCCACUGACACCCUUACCCGGACCCAAUCCAUCCGAGACGGCCAGACCCUGGUCUCGGCCCGAGGUACCUUCGAGCUCGGCUUCUUCAGCCCGGUUGGGUCGACCCACCGUUACCUCGGCAUCUGGUACAAGCACAUCCCGGUCCAGACCGCCGUCUGGGUCGCCAACCGGGCCAGCCCCCUCCCGGACCGCACCGGCCACCUCCAGCUCGGCCCCGCCGGUGAGCUCCUCCUCACCAACGGCUCGAACCACCCGAUCUGGUACACCGACCCGGUUCACUUCUCCCGACCCGUCGCCCAGCUCCUCGACUCCGGCAACUUCGUGCUACGCGAUGCAGCGGACGCACUCCGCGUCGGCGUUGCAUGGCAGAGCUUCCAAUGCCCGACCGACACUUGGCUUCCCGGGAUGCGGUUCUCCUCUCGGUUCCCCCUCGGCCUCACUUCCUGGAAGAACUCCGGCGACGCCUCCUUCGGUGAUUAUACCGUCCGGUUAGACGAGAACGGCCUUCCCCAGCUCAUCCUCUGGGGCCGGUCGAACCCGGUCUACCGAACCGGGCCGUGGAACGGCCUGCGGCUCAGCGGCACCCCGGAGAUGAAAUCCUACAACAGUUUGUUCACCUACGCCUUCGUCUCCAACGAGAACGAGACCUACUACGAGCACGAGCUGAACGACCCAUCUAUUAUUACGAGGCUGGUGCUGGACCAGGCCGGGGAGCUGCAGCGGUUCAUAUGGGCGAACCAGACCCAGUCCUGGGUCGUGUCCUGGUCCGCACCCAAGGACCUGUGCGACAGGUACGGGAGCUGUGGGCCGUUCGGGGUCUGCAACACGGACUCGAACCCGGUCUGUAAGUGUGUAAAGGGGUUCGAGCCGCGAUCAGUCGGGAACUGGACCGCCGGUUGUGUUAGGCGGACCGCCCUGAGGUGCGGGAACCGGGACGGUUUCAGGAGGGUCACUGAGUUGAAGCUUCCAGAUACCGCGACCGCUAUCGUCAACCGGAGUAUGGAACUGGAGGAGUGCAAGAGGGUGUGCUUGGCGAACUGCUCGUGUGUGGGCUACACGGCCGCUGAUAUCAGUGGGGGUGUUAGUGGGUGCGUGUAUUGGGUGGAAGAUUUGAUGGACCUGAGGGAGUUCCCGAGCGGCGGCCAGGAUGUGUACGUCCGAUUGGCGGCUUCCGAUCUAGAUGAGGAUGAUGAUGAGGACGACGAAACACAUGUUCCUGUGGACAAGGAAAAGUUGAUCAUAAUUAUAGUCGCAACAAUCUGUUUAUCUUUGUUUUUGUUGCAAUUAUGCCUCUGUAGCCUCUGGAAAAAGAAGUUGCAAGGAAAAGCAAAGAUCGAACAAUGCGAAAGUCACUCAUUACUUGGUUUUGGAGCUAAUGUAGCACAUAGCAGCAUGUCAACAGAUGAUGUCAAUAUAAGUGCAGAGUUGUCUCUAUUCAGUUUAGGCACUAUUGCUGCUGCUACUGACAAUUUCUCGGAAGAAAGUAAGCUAGGAAAGGGUGGUUUUGGGGAGGUGUACAAGGGUAAAUUAUCUAAUGGGCAGGAAGUGGCUAUUAAAAGACUUUCAGAUAGUUCAGGACAAGGACUUGAGGAGUUCAAGAAUGAGGUUAUUCUGAUUGCUAGGCUACAACACAUGAACCUUGUGAGGCUUCUAGGUUUCUGCACUCAAGGAGAAGAGAAGAUGCUGAUCUAUGAGUACAUGCCCAAUAAAAGUUUGGAUUCCAUCCUCUUCGAUCCGACCAAGGGAGCAAUAUUGGAUUGGAGUAAACGCAAGAGAAUAAUUGAUGGGAUUGCUCAAGGACUCCUCUACCUCCACAAGUACUCUAGACUGAAAGUUAUCCACAGAGAUCUAAAAGCUAGUAACGUUCUUUUGGAUGCCGAGUUGAACCCAAAGAUAUCAGACUUUGGAAUAGCAAGAAUAUUUGAAGGAAAUCAAGAGCAAGGAAAGACAAGAAGAAUUGUUGGGACAUAUGGCUAUAUGCCUCCUGAGUACGCUCUAUGGGGGCAUUUCUCUGAAAAGACUGAUGUCUUCAGCUAUGGAGUGUUGCUCCUAGAAAUUAUCAGUGGCGAGAAGGUUUCUGGUUCUCAGGGCAUGAACGGCUCUUUGAAUCUUUUAAAUUACGCAUGGGAGAUUUGGGAGGAUGGGAGGGCCUUAGAGCUAGUGGAUCCACAACUAGGCAAUUCCUAUUGCGAAGAAGAGUUGCUGAGAUGCAUCCAUGUGGGACUAUCAUGUGUGCAAAAAAGUGCUCAAGAUAGACCUACAAUGUCAGCUGUUGUUUCCCAGCUGGGUGGUAGUAAUGUAAGCCUUCCUUCACUGAAUCAACCAGCCUUCCAUGCUCGUGAAGGUCAGGUAAGUGGAGAAGAUUGUCAAAAGAGAGGUAAUGGUUCCUCAAAUGAAGUAACCAUUACUAUGAUGGAAGGUAGGUGAUACAUGCUUUCAUCUCCUAUCGAAGAAACCGUCCCUGUAUGCUUGUGGGUGAAGAUGCGAACAAGCCAUCUCUUUGGUGACAAAGGUACAGUGAGAGAGAAUUUUUAUUUCUCAGAAGAUUCUUCCAGAGAGGAGAGAAAUUUCAAAAUUUUGGGUUAUCUUAUUUGAGGUGACGUAAGUGGAUUCGAGCUGUGAAAUUUUACAUAUGAAGUAUUAAGUCAUGUACUGUAAUGCAUGAGAUCUUUUUUUUUUUUUUUUUUUUGAGGAGUGCAAUGCUUAAUCUAAGAGAAACAAUCGGACACCAUUAGAUCC